ACGCGUUGUCGUUGUUGUUGUUUUACGAGUUGAGCUUGAAAACUCGUAGACAUGGCGCCGAAAUCCAGAAAGAAGAAGGCUCACGCCCGCACAUUAACCUGCUACUGUGAUGGCAGCUGCCCGAAUAAUGUUGUCAAUGGUACAUGCGAAACCCGGCCCGGUGGAUCCUGUUUCAGUGCUGUCGAAGAAGUUUACGAUGAAGUCACAGGCACCUAUGAAGAGGAGCGGACAUAUGGUUGUAUGCCACCCGAAGAGAAUGGUGGUUUUCUUAUGUGCAAAGUUGCCGUUGUCCCCCACCUGCAUGGAAAGAAUAUCGAUUGCUGUGAUAGCGGUGAUAUGUGUAAUCGUAAUCUAUAUCCUGCCUUUACCCCAAAAAUCACCACACCCGCCCCCGAAUUGCCAGUCAGCUCACAGUCGGUCCACUAUUUGGCCAUGAUAGCAUCGAUGAUAAUUUGCGUGACGGUGUUUGUUGUCAUCGUUGUGAUUGCCUGCCUGACAUAUCGGCGACGAGAGAAACUGAGGAAACAGCCACGUCUCAUUAGCAGUAUGUGUAAUAGCCAACUCUCACCACUGUCACAAAUGGUUGAACAAAGUUCAGGUUCAGGAUCAGGAUUACCGUUGCUGGUGCAACGUACCAUUGCCAAACAAAUUCAAAUGGUUCGCUUAGUGGGAAAAGGUCGAUAUGGUGAGGUAUGGCUAGCCAAAUGGCGUGAUGAGAAGGUGGCCGUCAAAACCUUCUUUACCACCGAAGAGGCUUCAUGGUUCCGUGAAACAGAAAUCUAUCAAACGGUCCUAAUGCGUCAUGAGAAUAUUUUGGGCUUUAUUGCAGCCGAUAUCAAGGGUAACGGCAGCUGGACCCAGAUGUUAUUAAUCACCGACUAUCAUGAGAAUGGUAGCCUCCAUGAUUAUCUGUCCACCUCGGUGAUCAAUCCACAAAAAUUACAGCUGUUGGCCUAUUCUCUAGCCUCCGGUUUGGCCCAUUUGCAUGAUGAAAUCUUUGGCACCCCAGGCAAACCGGCCAUUGCCCAUCGCGACAUAAAAAGUAAAAAUAUUUUGGUUAAACGCAAUGGUCAAUGUGCCAUUGCCGACUUUGGCCUCGCCGUUAAAUACAUUUCGGAAUUGGAUGAAAUCCACAUCGCCCAAAAUACACGUGUUGGUACCAGACGUUAUAUGGCUCCUGAGGUCCUAAAUGAAACGUUGAAUCCCCAACAAUUUGAAGAAUUUAAACGCGCUGAUAUGUAUUCCGUUGGUUUGGUCCUUUGGGAAAUGGCCAGACGUUGCUACACCACCAAACCCGGUUCGAAGGCCACCACUUGUGAAGAUUAUGCCUUACCCUAUCAUGAUGUUGUGCCUUCAGAUCCCACAUUCGAUGAUAUGCAUGCCGUGGUGUGUGUUAAGGGCAUUAGACCGCCAAUACCCUCACGUUGGCAAGAGGAUGAUGUCUUGGCCACUGUGGCGAAAAUUAUGCAAGAAUGUUGGCAUCAAAAUCCCACUGUGCGCCUAACAGCGCUGAGGGUAAAGAAAACUCUGGGGCGUCUCGAGCCCGAUUACAUGGACUGUCCUAUGAAAAUUGUGUAGAUUUAAAACAUAUUUUAUUUUUUUAG